AGCUUGAUUCCAUGUCCCCCGCUGCCUCCCUGCCAGACUCCCGAAGAUGAUGGCCAUGAACGCCAAGCAGCCUUUCGGCAUGCACCCCGUACUGCAAGAACCCAAAUUCUCCAGCCUACACUCCGGCUCUGAGGCCAUGCGCCGAGUUUGUCUCCCAGCCCCGCAGCUGCAGGGUAAUAUAUUUGGAAGCUUUGAUGAGAGCCUGCUGGCACGCGCCGAAGCUCUGGCGGCGGUGGAUAUCGUCUCCCACGGCAAGAAUCAUCCGUUCAAGCCCGACGCCACCUACCAUACCAUGAGCAGCGUGCCCUGCACUUCUACCUCGCCCACGGUGCCCAUCUCUCACCCGGCUGCACUCACCUCGCACCCGCAUCACGCGGUACAUCAGGGCCUCGAGGGCGACUUACUUGAGCACAUCUCGCCCACGCUGAGCGUGAGUGGCCUAGGGGCCCCGGAGCACUCGGUGAUGCCGGCGCAGAUCCACCCGCAUCAUCUAGGCGCCAUGGGCCACUUGCAUCAGGCCAUGGGCAUGAGUCACCCGCAUGCCGUAGCACCGCACAGUGCCAUGCCCGCGUGUCUCAGCGAUGUGGAGUCAGACCCUCGAGAGCUGGAAGCGUUCGCCGAGCGCUUCAAGCAGAGGCGCAUCAAGUUGGGGGUCACCCAGGCGGACGUGGGCGCGGCUUUAGCCAAUCUUAAGAUCCCCGGUGUGGGCUCGCUCAGCCAGAGCACCAUCUGCAGGUUCGAGUCUCUUACUCUGUCGCACAACAACAUGAUCGCUCUCAAGCCGGUCCUCCAGGCCUGGCUGGAGGAGGCCGAGGCCGCCUACCGAGAGAAGAACAGCAAGCCAGAGCUCUUCAACGGCAGUGAGCGUAAGCGCAAACGCACGUCCAUCGCCGCGCCAGAGAAGCGCUCACUCGAAGCCUAUUUCGCCAUCCAGCCACGUCCUUCAUCCGAGAAGAUCGCGGCCAUCGCGGAGAAACUGGACCUUAAAAAGAAUGUGGUGAGGGUCUGGUUCUGUAACCAGAGACAGAAACAGAAACGAAUGAAAUACUCUGCUGUCCACUGAUUGCGGCGGGUGCUGCGUCCGGAGGAGCCUGGAGAGCCUAAUGGCAUCGCCCCCUUCCGAUGGGAGGGGACGUUACGGGACAC